AGGACGCGGUUGAUCAUCAAGUGCUCAGGCACGCUGCUCCUCUUUCGGUUCGCAUCUCAGCAGCUGCGGACUUUGACUUCACUUCACUAGGUCAAACAAAAAAACUUGAAGCUGUGACCUAUUGGCUGCUAAUGCUUUCCUUCGCCAUUUUUCAUUUCUUCUUUUAUCGGCUUAAUUUAUUUCGUCCUUCAUUGUGGAAUGGUCCGCGCUUUCUCACUGAGUCGUGUCCACUUCAGCAUGGGAACUGCGGCGUCCAGAAGGAAGAAUCUGAGGAGUGACGCGAUAUCUUCCGUGGCCGCAAAAGUUCGGGCAGCUAGAGCAUUUGGAGAAUACUUGUCCAAUACAAAUUCAGAGAACCGCAACACAGCAGAUCAUCUGUUGUCUGACACCUUCCCUGUCCAAGGGUGUGACUCCCCCGACCUCAGUCAUCACAACAAAAGUCUGCAACCACAGAGUCACUCUUUUCCCGUAGCUAAGUCCUGCAAGGCUGUGCAGUCCAAUCGUAGUGCUCAGAUACAAGUCCAGCUUCGGGCGAACUCACUCAAGGGUCAGGCACCAUAUAAGCGUAGACUCUCUGCUGAGCGGAGCCUCUCCACAGAGACUCCACCAAGUGCCAGGGACUCAGAAGGGAGUGUGUCAGCAAAGCCAGCUCGGGUGUACACGAUCACAAAAGAGGUAGGGAUGACUCUGGGCCAAGACAGUGAGGAAAGCCUAGAAUUGGAGGUGCUGCAGGGAAGCAAGGUUGACCCACUCUCCCAAGCUCAAUACCCCAACUCAUCUUCCGUUGACCAGCAAUCAUCUGCAUCUGCCCACGGGAGCCAUUACCGUAGCGGUCAUCACCGCAGUAACCAUUACCAUGGCCACCAGAAGCGCGGUGGCCCUUUGUCAUCAUCUCAGUCACUGCAAAGCUCUGACAGCGCCAAUAACAUCCGGGACUGGGGCAUGAGGAAAGGAGGUUCAAGAGGUGACAGCACUCCAGACUGUGUGGCCUGCAUUCGCGCUCCAAGUCAAAGCCAGCGCUCUCUGGACCUGGAUAUUUCAUCGCGGGAGGGUGGCAAGCAGCGUAAGAAACUGGAGAGGAUGUACAGUGAGGAUAGAACAUCUACCGAUGACAGGGAAGACAAUUCUAACAGCUGGUUCCCCAAAGAGAAUAUGUUCAGCUUUCAGACAGCAACCACCACCAUGCAGGCGGCUUUCCGGGGCAUUGCCGAGAAAAAGAGACGGAAAAGAGAGCAGGAUGCAGCCACCGUGAUCGAGAGAAACUUUCGCAAACACCUUAGGAUGGUUGGCAGCCGAAAGAUCAAGGUCCAGACCUAUGCUGAUCGCAGAGCCAAGAGUUUUAACCGUUCAUGGAGUGACCCCACCCCUGUCAAGCCUGACUCGCUGCAUGACUCCAGAGACAGUGGCGAUCUCCAGACCUCGUCAGGUACCCUCAAUGAAGGGUUGGAUGAGGAUGCUGAUUGGGGAGAUGAAAGAGAGCUGGAGAGAGUAGCCUGCGAAGGAGAUGACUUCAUCCCACCUAAAAUCAUUCUUAUAUCUUCCAAGGUCCCAAAAGCAGAAUAUGUUCCUAACAUCAUUCGUAGAGAUGACCCUUCAAUCAUUCCGAUUCUUUAUGAUCAUGAACAUGCUACAUUUGAUGACAUCCUUGAGGAGAUCAAGAAGAAGCUGUCCGCCUACAGAAAAGGCUGCAAGAUUUGGAACAUGCUUAUUUUCUGCCAGGGAGGACCAGGUCAUUUGUAUCUAUUGAAGAAUAAAGUGGCCACUUUCGCCAAAGUGGAAAAGGAAGAAGAUAUGAUCCAGUUCUGGCGGCAGUUGGGCAGACUAAUGAGUAAGCUCAACCCUGAGCCUAAUCUUAUCCACAUCAUGGGCUGUUAUGUGCUUGGGAGUGCAAAUGGAGAAAAGUUGAUUCAGACUUUGAAGAGAUUGAUGAGACCCUCCUCGGUUGAAUUCAAAUCACCACUAGAACUGUCUGCACAGGGUAAAGAAAUGAUUGAGACGUACUUUAACUUCCGCUUGUUUCGUCUGUGGAAAAGCCGUCAGCACUCCAAAAUGCUGGACUAUGAUGACAUGCUGUGAGGAUGAAGUUACAUUUUCUGGCUUGUAGGCCAGUUAUCUCACACCUGAGCCUAUGUGCUAUAAGGGAAGCUGUGAAAAAGCCCCUGGACCAGCGCGGAGGUAGAGUCGUGGAGCGGCACCAUCUCAGCUGGGAUAUCUUGCUUUCUCCUGAAGUGAAAGUCGCCGAGUAGAUUCAGCUAUAGUGGUGUACCAUCUCUUCUCUAGACACGUUACCUUCCUGCUAAUCUCUCAGUGUAACUAGAAUUACAGAGACUAGGGUUGGGAACAAAGGACUUUUCAUCUUUAGCCUAAAUGUGGCAGAACACGCUAACUCAAGUUAGCUCCGAGUGGGUCGAGAAGAAAACACAGCUCCUUGCUCCUGCAGGUGACCGUAUUUUUUCACCUUUGGAUAUGUUUUGGCUUUUCAGGUGGAGGCUCGUUUCUUUCUUUAUAUGAGCAAGUGCUUGUUGAAGCAAUCGUGAAUAGAAUUCCAGCAUCUUUCAGCUAGAAUUCUAAAUAAUCUAAUAUGUAGUCUUCUUAAUAAGUUAGAUGUCUAUUUAACAGUUUUCUUUUUACACUUGAAGAACUAUGUAUAAGUAUUUAGAACUGACUGUUGUAUUAACUCAGGAUAAAGCCAGUGUUUGAUACUAAGAAUCGCUAUAAAUUCACUGUUUAUAUUUUAACAUCAGAUAGUGAGUGAAGGCCUUUAUACAGCACACACAGCAGCAGGAUGUGACUCCUGUCAGGGUUGGUAAUAACGUGUGUGCUAUACUUAUGGACCUUAGACAGCUGUAGCUCUGUAUCUUGUGUAGCAUUACACAUUUAUAUUAUUCACCUGCUGCAACAGCACAAGCCUUUCUGGAGCUGUUGGCUAUCAGGUCAUUAUUGUAUGUUUAGUGUGCAUUUAUAUAGCAUGUGUGUGUGUCAACACAACUCACAAGAAAUAUUAGUAGAACAUCACACUGAUACUUUUAACUAUUCUAGGGUAGAAUUUUUUUCCAGUGUAUUAUUGUUAUUAUUAUUUUUACAUUUGAGAAAAUGAAGACUAUCUUCCUUGUUAUUUACAACUUAUUGUGAGCAAUUAUAAGUCUGCAUAAAAGUUAAAUUACCUCAGUGUUUUGUAUUCCCAUUAUUAAAGGGAGGCAUCAUCUUGUGCUAUUAAGGGAAUAGGUUAAUUUUAAAGGGUUCUAAAGCAAAUAAGUAUUGUCGUGUGUCAUUCAUAAUACACAAUUUACAUGGGAGAGAGUUGAUGGCUUAUUAAGCCAACAAAUUUCAUUAAGCUUUCCUUCACCUUGUUACACUUGGGCUUGCAGCCUAUUAUGGUCUUACUUGUUUUAUUUACUGUAUACUGUACAUAUUCAAGUGAAUUUGUUUUAUCCGGCAAAGCCUUGUGUACAGCUGAAAUAGUUGUUAAAUGACCAAGUACUACUUCAGAAAAAUAUCGUUACAUUAAACAUAAUCGAUUUAUUUAUUUAGAACAAUACGGUACUAUUAGAAAAAGUGCUUUUAUGUGUAGCAUAACUGCUGGUGCUGUGUCAUAUUGAGUGACUUACAGUACAGUACGUCGCAUCAUCUGUCCUUGCUCAGAUGCUCUGAAAAUACGCAACUGUCCUGUCUUCAUUCACCUUCUUUAUGUCUGAUUGUGUUUGUGUACACACGUGCAUAUACAGUGGGUGACCUUGCAUCUUUUAUUGUUCAUUUGAUUUAUGUAUGAGUAUAGAAACUAUAAUGUGUCUUAGUAACGUACUGAGUAGUAAGAAAUCAAUUUUUCAGGAAAGUGUGUAAAUGUCCACAGCUGUUCAAAAACAGCAUGUUCAUUUUCGUCAAAAACACUGACACUGUCCACUUAAAUGAUUCUUCGAACAGCAAGUUGCGUUUUGUAAGUGAUACAUAUCUCGAAGGUCAAACUUACAAGAUGUUAUUGUUCCACUGCACUUGUUUUCUUUUUCAGAAAAAUAUUCAUUAUGACUUAUAGUACUUGAUGUCAUUACAGGUUGUCAGUGAGUUGAAAAAUGUCCACAAGAACAUUGUAUCUGAUUGUUGUAAAAUAUUUCAUGUUUUACACUGGUCUCUUGCGAUACUCAUCUGAGUACACUUUUCUUUUUUUAUCCUUUUUUUGGUAUCAGACCAACUAAAGUAUCAUAAACCGUGCGCACAAUACUGCAGAUCUCAAUGUCAAGAGACACUGAGGACACUGUAGUAGGUGAAAAUAUAAAUCAAUUUGGCUUCACUUCAAUAGAGCAAUCUAGAGACUCACCUUUGAACAAUUUCAUCAUAUUAUGUUCACAUUAAAAUAAACAAAUAAUUUGGUUGUGAUAUUACUAAGGCAGUAGGAGAUCAAUGUUACUUAUAUUGAAAUACCUGUAGGUUAAGCAACCCUUUGUUAUUCAAACAUACGGGGACAGUAGGUCGAUACAAUAAAUACUGACAGUAUGUGAAUUGUUUGAUUCUUGAUACUAAGAUUACAAAAAAUCUGUAGUUCAAUUUUACAUUCAGAUUGCUAUUUUGAUUAAGGUGUCUACGUAUUGUAUCUGGACUAAUAGCAAAGCAAUAAGGCAUUGAACAAUGUGUUUUUGGUGACCCCAUGUGAGAGAAAUAAUUGUUUUGAACUGCCAAUUAAACUUACAUUCAACAA